CGUGUUGUUUUUUUCAUGCCAGGAAGCACAGCGGGAGGAGGAGGGCCGUCACAUUUGCUAUUUGACCGCAUAAAGUUGUGCGGUGUGAUUACAGCCGAUAGUAACUGCUUACCCUGUCUCCUCCAGGUGUUUAUCAAGAGCAAAGGAGGUAAAUAUUGUGUUACCUCCGACAGCUGACACUUCCUUGUGUGUGUUUUACGUUACGCAAUGAACGUGACAGUGACCGAGUGACUUCUUGUGCUUAAAAGAAGCUAGUUCGGCUAGCUCGGUCGCUCGGCUAAGGCGAACUACCUCUGUUCGCUCGCGAAGCAACGACCUCGACAGACUUGGACUGUGUAACCCAGCGUGUUAGUUCAUCGGGGGGCAUUUACCACCUGGACUUGAAAUGGCUUUGGUAACAGCUUUAAGAAGACUGGCUCGUUUGAGGCUACGAGAGAAUACCCGGAUGACGGCGGCUGUCACUUCCAGCACCUGGCUGAGCGGCCACAGGAGCUUCACCACCGGAACACAGCCUCUCAGGUCAGACAACAAGGUGACGAUCAACUUCAUCAACAGAGACGGGGAGAAGAUCUCAGUGAAGGGCUCGCCGGGAGACUCCCUGCUAGAUGUUGUCAUUAAUGAAGACCUCGACUUUGAUGGCUUUGGGGCGUGUGAGGGCACCCUGGCUUGCUCCACAUGCCAUCUGAUCUUCGACGAGGACGUCUACAAACAGCUGGGACCGGUCACAGACGAGGAGAUGGACAUGCUAGACUUAGCCUACGGCUUGACUGACACGUCUCGUUUGGGUUGCCAGAUCUGUCUGACCAAGUCCAUGGAGGGCGUCGUGGCGAGGGUUCCCGAGAGCGUAGCGGACAUCAGACAGAGCCAGGACGGGUCCUCCUAACAGGGAGCGUGUUGUUGCAGGCAGUGUGGCGGCGGUGCCAGGUCAGAACUGAGGGGUACGUUAUGUAUGAAAUCUGUCGGCACUGCUACAAGACGAUUGUUCCGUCCUUUUAAAAAAAAAAAAAAAAGACAAAAAAAAAAAAAAACACAUUUCCAGCUAGAGGAAACCAGGAUGUACAAAUACAGAACUUUGACUGGACAGAAAAAAAUCACUUUUAUAGAAAGAGGAAAAUCAGGAGGCAAAUAAUUUUUAGACUAAAACUGUAACUUGUCUCUGGAACCGAGAGAAGCUCGUUGUCUUAGUGUGAGAUCAGAUGAUGAGCUUUUAACUCUGACCUAUGACAUCAUACUAUUGUUAACCCUGUUAACCACAAGCACUGAUUUUAAGUGUUUUUUAUUUUUUAUUUUAAUGACUCUUAGUUAGAAAACGUCUUCACCUCAGUUGACAGGUUGCAAACUCUCAGUCAGGUAAUUAGCUCAGACCCCCCCCCAACCUGUCACUGUUUAAGCUCUCUGGGUUUUUGGCCCCGCCCCCUCAUUAGCAAAAGUCUCCUCUGCUUUUCUUCUUUUUACGACAGAUCCAACACGUUCUUACAAACAUCUGAACUACAUCCGACUGUCUUCUUCUCUGUGUGAGAAUUCAGUGGUUUCCCCUGAACAGUGAAACGCUACAUAUCUGUUUUCUAACCUGUGACUGAAACGUUUGAACUAACUCUCAGUUCUCCACGCCUUAAAGACUGUGCUGAUGCUGACCCCCGCACCCCCCCCCCCCCCCCCCCCCGAACCUGUAUUUUAUUCUACCCAUGUAAUCACCUUUCUGUUGUUUGUUUGAAUCCAUCAUGUAACCACAUAAUUUCAUCAUGUGAUUGUACAUAGCUAGAACACACACACAUAUAUCUAUGUAUAGAGGGAAAAAGAAUGUAAUAAAAGAAAUCACCUUUCUAAUGGCCUCUUGAACUGUUACUUUUUAGAUGUUUGAAAUUAAAAGGUGGAUUCAAAUAAAAAAAAUAUAUAUA